GGACAUUAUUUUAUAACCACUCUGCUCUACUCGUUUUUCCUGGGUUGCUUCGGAGUGGAUCGGUUCUGCCUGGGCCACACCGGGACCGCCGUGGGGAAACUGCUGACUCUCGGAGGACUGGGCAUCUGGUGGUUCGUUGACCUGAUCCUUCUCAUCACCGGCGGGCUGAUGCCCAGCGACGGCAGCAACUGGUGCACGGUGUACUGA